UGGCCACAGCAGCUUCAGCCGAGGCCCAGGCUCGCGGCGUGCUGGCCGUGGGAGUGCGCUCUGGGGCUUGCUCCCAAAUGCCAGCCCAGCCACCCGUGGAAGAAUUUCGAAGGUCCGGAAGCGGCAUGCCCAGUAUGCCUGGGAUGGUGAUGCCGGCGAUGCCACCGAUGUCGGUGCCAACGCCGGCGAUGCCACCGACGUCGGUGACGCCGGUGCCUGCGGGACCAAUGGGCACCCAGUGCUCUGCAAGUGCUCCCAUUGCUUCAUGCACAAGAAUCCAGUCCAUGGGCACCCAUCAAGCGAGUGUCGUAGCAUCGGCAUCCAGAGUGUCCACCCACAGUGCGAUGCCAGCCAUGCCUGCGGGCCCAAGUGGCUGCCAGGUGGAUGGCCUGCAUGGCAUCACGGUCUUGGCAUCAGAUGAGGCCUACCCAUGCCAAGCAAUGCCCAGCUACACACGAGGAGCCACAAUGGGAGCUGCAGCGGAGUUUCCUAUAGGUUGCAACAUUUCCGUCCUCGACGAGAUGGUGAUGCGGGCAGAGGAGCAUCUGAAGUCCGAGCAAGUCACCGUGCUGGAGGAGGGCAGUCUGCUGAGUGUUUUGGCCCACGGCGGCGAGCCGAACACGCGCCGGCUCUAUGUGAGACACGCUGAGUCUGGGCUGUGCGGCUGGAUAAGCUGCGUGGCUCAGUCUGGUCGCCGCCUGGUCACCGUGGUCGAGGUGAAGACAGGCAGAUCGCAUACGCCUACACCCAGUGCCGCAGUGACCAUGCGAAGCGAGCGAUCCGAUGGCACAGAGAUGUGGGCCUCUGAUCCAAAGGAGACAGAAUGGGACCGCGGCGUGACCGCAGUGGCAGCAGUGCAAUCGCAGCGAUCGGCUGCUGGCGUGACAGCUACCACUGUGACAACCUCGUAUCCGCCGCAGAUCGUGUCGGACGACCCGGUGCCGUCGGGCCAAUGGCUGAGACGGCAGAAGGCGCAGGACCUCAAUGCGGAGGCGCCAAAGAGAUACUUGGUGGACAACCGAAGCUUGAACGCUGGCACCGAAGGCAUCAACUAUCGCUUCACCAAAGACUUGGAAGACCUUGACCUGAGCUGCACAGCACCCUGGGGCUCACUGGUGGAGGGCGUGGUGGAUGACGGCUGGCUGCGUGUCUCGGACGAUCUGUACCUUCCCAUCCAGCUCGGUGGCGCCACAGUGCUGACUCUCGAGGACUCUCCCUGGGCUUUGUCUGGACUUCAAGUUGUCGAGGCUUUCCCAGUCGGCGGUAUGAUUGUGGUCUUGGAGGCGGCCAUCAUGCGGGCAGCCGAGGACAUGCGAAGUGCUGCCCUGGCCCAAUUGGAGAAGGAACGAGCCGUGCGCGUGCUCGGGCACGGCUCAGGAGCCCGCAGUCGGCGGCUCUACGUGCAAGAUCCUUUGACAGGCCAGGAUGGCUGGAUCAGCUUUGCUUCGCAGAACGGAAAGCUGCUUGUGGCCCCCAGCGAGGCAUCGCCGGAUGAAGUUCAGAAGGUGGCCACGCUGGCCACGCAGGUGGCCACCCAGGCCGCCCAGGCCGCGACCCUGGCCACGGCGGCCACGGCGGCCGCGGCGGCGGCCAGCCACGCGGCUCAGGAGCCGGAGGAGUCUGAGAGGGCCUUCUUCGUGGACAACCGCACCUUCAAGGCGGACUCAGACGGCAUCGGGUACCGCGGGAGCCAAGACCUGGACGACAAGGCGGUGCCAGCCCGAACCGCUUUGUGGGGCUCUGUGAUUCACGGAGUUGAUCUGGGCGAUUGGGUGAGGGUGGGUGCUUACUUCCUGCCCACCACCCUUUGCGGUGUGCAGGUCCUUACCCCAAAGGAGGAUGUGCCGGCCACCCACCUGCCGCAGCAAUCUGGCUUCGCUCGGGGCAACUGGGAGUACAUUUGCAUCGAUCCGCAGGGCGUCCAGACGCGUUUGCAGCCUGAGGAGGUGAUUCCCAAGAAUUCGAAGACUUCCGGGCAGGCUGUGCAGCCGGGUGAGAUGAUCAGGAUCUGCGAGCGGGGCAUUCUGGGCCAGACCCUGUGGCUGUGCCUGAUGGAUGGCCGCGGCUGGGUGACGGAGAAGUCCUCGCGGCGGCACCUCUCCGAGGUCAACGACGAGGGCGCCGCGAAGGGUCAGAAGCUGAUGGUGGAUCCGCGUUUGGACAAGCCGGUGAAGCUGUUUCCAGCGCCGUUUUCUUUUGGCUCCGUGGCGGGGGCGCCAGAGCUGCUGGCUGGCGAGACCGUGGUCGUCCUCCGAAAGGUCCUGGUGCUGGUGCCGUCAGGCAGCCAGGAGUCUUGGGUCAGAUACCUCAAGGUGGAGGAUGAGAGGAAGAUCGAAGGGUGGCUUGGCGAGUUGAGGAUCCAUUGCGGCAUCAAGGGACCCGCCCAGUCAGAACCAGUCCUUCACGAGUUCAAGGCCGGCUUCGGGGAGCAGCGCAGCAAGUCCCCCUGGGUCUCCGUCAUUGCAAAGGCGCCUGUGCCGCUCCUGUCUGGCCCGUCCAGGACCCGAGGUAUGAAGAAGUCGCUGAGCCCCGGCGACUUUGUGGAGACCGUGCACAUGGCGAGUGUGCUCAUUGCCGUGGAGGAGCUCAGCGUAGCAGGGCUGACCUUUUACAGGCUGGCGGAUGGCUGCUGGGUGGCCAGGGAGGAAGCCGGCAAGGUUGUUUGUGACCUCCUGACACGGGAGAGCCACAAAUGGAUCUACGUCUGCAAUGACAAGGAUGGGGCACAGGUGCGAUUAACGCCGACCCGCUCGAACGCAAAGAAUACUGGCAAACGACUGAAGUACCGGCAGCGUGUGAUGAUCUCCGAGAAGGUUACCUUCGCAGACAAUGAUGUCUUUUUGAAGCUCUCAGAGGAGAAGAAGGGCUGGGUCCCGGCCAACAAGCUGAACUCCAACGUCGUGAAGAUGGCUGCCUUGAAGGCUCUGGAACCUGAGAAGCCCAAAGGACCUGCCGCGUACACGGGCAACGUCCCCAAUGGCAACGCCUACGGCAACGCCGGCUACGAUGCCUAUGGCUACGGCUACGGCUCCAACGGCUACGGCAACGGCUGCGGCUUUGGGGCCCCUGGCUACGCAUGCGGCGCCGGCUAUGCUGGGGCCGGGGCAGCGGCCGGGGCCGGCUAUGCGUACGGAGCGCCCGGUGCAUCCGACUUCGGACUCCCGGCGGCGGGCUAUGGAGCCGGCUACGGAGCGGGCGCAGGUUGCGCGGGGACGGGCUACCCGGCCGGGGGCUACCCGGGCGGCGCAGACUUUGGCAUCGCGGCAAGUUAUCCGCCGACGCCGUGCCCAGCGGCCAUGUACGGUGCGAAUGCACCGAAUGCGCCGAAUGCGCAAAUGGCGGGCUGGAAUGAUGCGGGCUACGGAGCCUCGUUCCGGUGAAAUCGUCACACGGCCAACUUGUAAGUUUUACGUAUCACUUCGCCCCAGCUUCGGCGCCCAAAGGCGUCGGAGCCGCCUCCCGUGCGGAUCUUCAAAGAGUCGUGUUGAAACCAAAGGCUUCUUAGACUUCCUAGGUUCUUUGAUUCCCAGUCUCUUCACACCUCCAAGGGAAUGAGCCUGGCUCUUGACCUUGGCAUUGUUUCGUGAAAAAAGCAACCUCUAUAGCAGACCGGCAGCUUUUGACAUGAUAUUUUGGAGUACCCUGGUCAAACGUGGAAGCCACCGCUGGCAACACGCUGACCGCAGCCAUCAAUCCCAAAGUUAGGGAACCUCACAAGGC